AUGGCUCAGUACUUUGGCCUCGGCACCGGCGUCCCAUUCCCUCCUGUCUACAAGAUGGCCUACCAGAUCGCAGUCUUCUUUGUCUUUGAGGAUGCAUGGCACUACUGGAUGCACCGCGCCUUCCACUGGGGUCCUCUAUACAAGGCCGUCCACAAGAUUCAUCACCAAUACUCUGCCCCCUUCGGUCUUGCUGCCGAGUACGCAUCGCCUAUCGAAGUCAUGAGCUUGGGUUUCGGCACUGUUGGCAUUCCCAUCGUGUGGUGCGCCAUCACCAAGGACCUCCACAUCCUGACCAUGUACAUCUGGAUCGUCCUCCGCCUCUUCCAAGCCAUUGACGCACACUCUGGCUACGAGUUCCCCUGGUCGCUACACCACUUCCUUCCCUUCUGGGCUGGCGCCGAGCACCACGAUGUUCACCACGAGAAGUUCAUUGGCAACUACUCGAGCUCUUUCCGCUGGUGGGACUAUGUUCUGGACACUGAGGCCGGCGCCGAGGCCUCCAAGAGAAGAAGAGAGAAGAAGCUCGCAAAGGCCAGAAAGGCCCAGUAA